GUUAAUAGAUACAGCACCUAGGCAGUGUGAUGUGGUAUGUUCAAAACCAAUGGAAAAUUGUCGAAAUAGGCCAAGGAAAGCUUUAUUAAUAAAGAAAGCUAAUGAAGGUGCUUAUUCCUAUCACUUCUAUCAAAAAAUAAUUAAGCUUAAUGGUUUGUGAUCCAGUGAGAAAUAUUCUUAAUGUUGCGCAAGGCAAGUUGAAGGCGGAUUGGAGAGUUGUGUGCAGGGGCUACACGUCAUAGACGGAGAGACUGGGGCUCGGUGUGAAAAGUGAAACGGCGGAAAGCUCAAUGAGAAAUAAGUGAGCGACGCAAGCGCUGUUCUUUCAAUCGACAUGAGCGCAGUCAUUUCAGCACCGCGUUGAGAGCGGACAGCGCAAAGCAGUGCAGAGACUGUGUGUGCCUGAGGAAUCAACCAGUGGCACUUUCGAUUGGGACUUCGUUGUGAAAUGCGGCGGAGAACAAUCUGAAUCAGAGCGAUCAACUUCAAAUCUAUAUAUCUGGUGGGAUAAUCGGAAUCGCAGAGCUUGUAAGAGACACAAAAAGGCUUCCCCUUGACUUUAUACACUCGGCACUGAGCAACAAUGUGGUGAUCUGCAGUCUCAAGUGCAGCUUGGCUGGUAAAGAGUGUGGGGAUUGGUGUCUGUUCUGGCUAAGGAGUGGUGUGGUGUGGUGCUGCUGAGGAGCCCCUCCAUUCAGAAGGAUGCUCGUGGGAAAUGCCUGGAGACAGAGAGGACGAGAUUUGUCAAAAGGCACUAGAACUGUUGUCAGAUCUCUGCUCUAAGGGCGAAGUACAAAAUGAAAAUUGUUUGGAUUUCAUAUACCAUUUCCGAGACUUGGCCAGACCGAGGUACUCAGACUCAGAUGUGUCUGUGAGCCUGCUAUCACUGGUGGUGACAGCCUGCGGUUUGGCCCUGUUCGGCGUCUCCCUCUUUGUCUCCUGGAAGCUCUGCUGGAUACCAUGGCGGGAGGGAGGCCUAUCCCCAGGCAUCAAAGAGAGCCACACCUCGGCCCAUCUCCGGCCCCAGGCCAUCUACACAGAGCUGGAUGCUACCCUCGACAGAAGGCACUGCGCCCGCGGGUCCGUGGUGAAGGUGACGACACCGACGCCAUCGCUGGCGCCCGCCGCAGCUCCGUCGGUGCCCUCGGUGCCCUCGUCUCCGCCGCCGGUGACCACACCGACGGCCACGGCGGAGGCCGCCAUGAAGAUCAGCCACACUUCGCCUGACAUCCCGCUGGAGGUGCAGUGCAAGAGCCGGCAGAACUCCAUCCAUGGGACCCUGCGCAUGCACAGGCAGAUCACCGACCCCGCGUCAGCCUCUGUGCGCUCCACGUCCAACUCGGAGAUUGGGUAUAAUUCCAUCCGUCGCCAGAGUUACCUGUCCAAUCCGGACUUUAACGUGGCUCAGUUCCAGAGGCAGGAGUCGCUGACGGGCAUGAGUCUGGGCCGCCUGAAGCCCGAGCUGUACAAGCAGCGCUCCCUGGAGGGGGAUGAAGGCCGGGGCAGCCGUGGAGGGGGCUGCGGACGCCUGCACUUCAUCCUCAAGUUCGACUGUGACCUGGAGCAGCUCAUCGUCAAGAUCCACCGUGCUGAGGACCUGCCCGCCAAGGACUUCUCAGGCACCUCGGACCCCUACGUCAAGAUCUACCUGCUUCCCGACCGCAAGACCAAGCACCAGACCAAGGUGCACCGUAAGACUCUGAACCCCAUUUUCGACGAGGUCUUCCUGUUCCCCGUGGCGUACGCCGAGCUGCCCACACGGAAGCUCCACUUUAGCAUCUACGACUUCGACCGCUUCUCGCGCCAUGACAUCAUUGGCCAGGUGGUGGUGGACAAUUUCCUGGACCUGGCAGACUUUCCCAGGGAAACAAAGCUCAUCAGGGACAUCCAGUAUGUGUCCUCGGAUAAUGUGGAUUUAGGGGACCUUAUGUUCUCACUUUGCUACCUGCCCACUGCUGGACGCUUGACCAUCACCAUCAUUAAGGCUCGCAACCUUAAAGCCAUGGACAUCACUGGAGCGUCUGAUCCUUAUGUGAAGGUGUCCUUAAUGUGUGAUGGGAAGAGGCUGAAGAAGAGAAAAACUUCCACUAAGAGAAACACGCUGAAUCCUGUCUACAAUGAGGCCAUAGUCUUCGAUGUUCCUCCAGAGAAUAUCGAUCAGAUCAGUCUCCUGAUUGCAGUAAUGGACUAUGAUCGGGUAGGUCACAAUGAGGUCAUUGGUGUGUGUCGGGUGGGGAACGAUGCAGAGAGCCUCGGCCGAGACCACUGGGGCGAGAUGUUGACAUACCCCCGUAAACCCAUUGCCCACUGGCACCCUGUAGUAGAGUAUCAGGGGAGCGGGAGUCAAGGAGGCUCCUGCAACUCCCUCAAAGCACCUCUCUCACCCUGAUGAGUCCUGUCCCGCACACAUCGCACCAUGAGCAGACCGAGAGAGUGAAAGAGAGCAGAGAGAAGGGGACCAAAGCCGUCUGGAUGAGACCAAGGCCACAACACUGAGAGUGGGGGUGGGCUGAUGGCGAAGAUUCCUGAUAUGGAGAGAGAGAGAGAGAGAGAGAGAGAGAGAGAGGGAGAGAGAGAGAGAGUCACCACCAUUGUCAGACCCCAGUGGCUCUGGGACGCCACCUUUGCAUGGUCGAUGCGGAUUGCCUAAAAGUUGCAUGUUAAGUGGCAUACAGUGUGGUCGUUUGUUUUCCUCUUGACAUUUUUGUGAUGAAAGAUACGUGAGUGCCCAGAGUUGUCGCUAUGGUUUCAUGUCAGCUUCAGUCCGAAACUACAGUCAAUGUUUUCUACCAUAGUCUUGAUACCUGUUUUUAUUGGAGUGUCUCUGUAUCACAUGUUGUUCUAAAGGUUUCGUCCAGUUGCCAUGGUUUCCUGAGGACACAGUGCAUGAAUCAAUUUAAGUGGGGUACUCUGUUUUUUCCUGUUUUUUGUUAUGAAAUGGAAUGUGAAGUUUUGUCAUAACAUCUCAUGAUGUUAGAUGAAAGUUAAUGUAUAGACUUUGCAAGUAAAACUGUCCUAUCAAGAUGUUAUUAAACACAUUUCUUUUCUUAAAA